UCCAGAUCUGUGGCAAGAGGCUUCAGUGUGAGAAUCAUAAGUGUCCUGACCCAUGCCAGCGGGAUGCUUGUCCUCAUCCUGCCUCACUUGCAUUUCUUCUAUUCACAAGAAUGACCAUGAGUUAAAUAGAGGUGCCUGUGCUCCUUGUACUGUCAUGUUUACAAUUUCAUGUGCAUGUGGAGAUACUCACUUUGAGGGAAUUGCAUGAUUGUCCACAUUUAUGUCACGAGACAUGUUGUCCAGGUCAAUGCCCAUCACCUGACAAGUGCACAAGGUCUCUAUUCAUUAUCAAUGCCAAGCCUUGAAAAAGGAGAUGCCAUGUCAAGAGGGUUUAAGCAGCAUAUUGCAAAGCAGGCUCUGAUCCCAAAGAUAUAUCUGAAAACCAUUUUGGACCUGAACUUCUUCCUUGGAAUUACGCUUGCAAGAGUAAAGCACAGGUCGUGGAUCAGGAAUUGCAUUUGUGUAAAUCCAAAGAUUUGGAGGAAAAGGUUCCAGCUACUAAAAAUCAUGUACCUAAGCACCAAAAUCAGCGUGAAUGACUGCAAGAGCAAAGAAGACCUCACAAAUGCGGAUCUUUCUCUAUUCGGUGCAUCCAAGAAAAAGAGCUUUUUAGCAUCGGCCAAACUACUUGAAGAAUCAGCCAUUUGGCUCUCUCAUGUUUUUCCAACAAGAAGCUGGCUUGGUCUAAAGUUUUGUUCUGGACAAAAUUUACCAUUGAAACAAGACUGCAGGGACCAGAACGUGUCUGACUUGCUCUGUUUCUUCACUUUUUUCAGCCUUUCUUUCCUCCUAUCCAGGUAAAACGUCAGCAAAUGCAUGAAUAUAACAGAAGUUGUGCUUGGAUUACGGUCAACAGCAGGGAUAUAUUGGAUUGGAUCACGCCCAGAAGAUUCGAGUGGUGGUUGAAGUUAGAAAAGGGAACUCCAAGGUGGUGUUUUUGCCUACGUGUGCGGGAGAGCGGGGAUGACAAGUAAGGCGAGAUGUUAUGGUUUGUAACAAAAUCAAUCAAAUCAAUUACUCCUCGCUCGUGUUUUCAAUAGAUAGAAUCAGGGUGAGCUGCUGUUAAACCCUAUCGGAUCUCAAAAUUAAUUCCAAAAUUCACAAUUGCAAAUUUAAUUAGAGAAGGGCCUUGUCACCACAAUAUCGAUGGGUGGUUUUACACAAGCUAUAAAUCACUGCAUGGACGUGAAAUGCAAGAGUACUUGUAUGCAUCAUUAGGCACGUGUGAUAUGUUUGCAGCUCAUUCUUGCCAGCCCAUGAACUGUUAAUGCAUCCCUUUGGCCUGUAGUCGUCUCCCGUGACUGUUUUCUGGUGCCAUGAAGUUGUUUGGUCUAAUCAAGCUGCUAAAUGUUGUUUAAAUACAUAUGGGGGGAAAACACAUGGUGUUGUUGGGAGGCUGUACAUAAAUAAGGGCAGAAUUUUUUCACCUUGGAUUGAGUACUCCCAAUCUGUAUGUCCUCUUACUACAAAACGAUUCAUUGACAACGAAUUUCAAGAACA